AUGCAUUACAUCGUGUCUCUCGUGAUACAACUGCAUAGGAGUGAACAAGGCUGCUAUUGCGUUCGCCCUGUUGAGGACGACGAAUCAAGUUAUGCGAGCGGUGAUGAGAGUGAUGAGGAGAGUGAUUCCGAACAAGACACGCACAUUGGAGAGGAGGAUAACCCGAUGCAGGACGAAUCGGAAUUCGGCCUCCUAUCCGGGCCUUGGCUGGAGCUAUCUGAAGCUUUAUUUCAGCUCUCAAUGAUGUUCUGGACAUAUCGAGACCCCGCUGGAGACAUGUCGUCUUCCACUAUCAUUUACUAUACUGCUGUUAUGGGGAUACAAAGGCGGUCUAUGUCUUAUCAUUCAGCUCACAACUCUACACCUGGCCUAGCGGCACUCAUGUGGAUUGGACGUGCACUUUUCUUAGAGUAUGCUCUUCCUCUGUAUCGCUACAGUACUCUUGCGUACCACUGGCCAUCUCGAGACCAAUACUCUUCUCAGCCCGAGCGCCUCGAAGCUAUCCGCCAAAAAUAUCUUAUGCGGGGCUGCUAUACACCUUUUGGGGAACUCAUCGAGCUAAAGGCGUUUGCUAAGUCCAUUGUUAGACAGGAGGACAUGCCCGGGAAUCUCUCCUGGGCACCUGAUGGGGGUUCGACUUACCAUUAG